UCGUCUAAUAAUAGCACACCUGGUUGGUUCUUACAACACCCUGGUAAAAAGUAUUUUUCGAGUUUUAGGUUCGACACAAACAUUCGGACGGAUAAACGUUUGUGUGCAGUGACAAUUAAUCGACACAUUUCGUUUGUAAUGAGGAAAGUUUAACACUAUUUCAGAUCACCCAUUUCCAGCCAGGAUGGAGAAACGAGCGGGUCUGUUUAUCCUAGCCCUGGUCCUGAUGUUCAUGCACACUGACGGACAGACAGCCAUGACGCGCCAAACAUGUGAUCGCAUCCAGGGCAACCAGGCAAUCAUCGAACCUAACGCUGACGCCUUCAUUGUCGGUUUCUUUGGCAUGCACAGCUCCGGCCCUAAAGGGGUGGGGUGUGGAGGCAUCACUCAUGGAGUUUCAGGGAAGCAUGAAAUGCAGUCAUACGAGGCCAUUCGUUGGGCCCUGGAUCGUCUGAAUAAGAAGGGCGAGUUCUUGAACCUUGAGUUUCUCAACGACUAUUACAUUCCUGGAGUCAGAAUAGGUAUGAUCGCCAACGACUACUGCUCCAACCCUGACAUGGCCAUCAGUAUGGCGGAGUCCAUCUUCCCGCAGUAUGGGUCAUCCCCGCACGAAUGUCAGAAAAACACGAACAAGCUGAUGCUAGGUCUAAUGGGAGCAUCAAACAGCGGGGACACCAAGGUGCUUGCAAAGUAUGCUGAGUCGCGCCAGCUUCCCCUCGUCUCCUGGUAUGCAACUGCCCCCGAGCUCAGUGACAGUGGUAUGUUCCCUAACUUCCUGCGCACCAUACCGCCAGAUGGGCCACUUACCAAGACAAUUGCUGACUUCAUUAAAAACAUAAAAUGGGAAUAUGUGACAGUUGUUUACACGGAUGAUGCCUAUGGCCUUGGCGCCUACAAAGCCAUACGGCCUCACCUAGCAGCAGUGGGUAUCUGCCUCACAUCGGCCAUUAGCGUUGAUCCAGAUGACAAUUCUGAUGCAUCUGUCGACGCUGCCCUGCGCAGCGUCUUGCAGACCAACACAACAGGAGUGAUCUACCUUGGUAAUGAUUUGAUCAUCAACGCCAUUCUCAAGAGGGCCGAGGCAUAUCCAAAUGCAGGCAGACUACAGUGGGUUGUUACUGACAGCGUGUCACUCUCAGACAAAUUCUCAGGACAGAAAUAUCCCAAAGGUUUGGUCUCUGUGGUGCCAGCCAGUCGAAAAAUCACAGAAUUUGAAGACCACUGGGUGAGGAUCAACAACAACGUGAGCCAGGCUGAGAACCCAUGGUACCAGGACAUGUACAUGGAGCAGUUCCGCUGUCGUCUGCCCGGCAAGACUUCCAAUUUCACCAAUCCCUGCCCAGUCCUAACGGAAGACCAGCGCAGGAACGAUUUCGUGCAGGACCAGUUUGUGGAGCCCGCUGUACAUGCCGUAUUCACGUACGCGCGAGCUCUGAAAAAUGCACAUGGAAAAUUAUGCGGGACGUCUGGAAUGUGUGCAGCACUGAGAUCGCUUUCACCGAUGGACUUUUACACCAAUUACAUGCGCCCUUUGGAAUUCAUCUACGGCAAGGCAGAACGCGUUGAAAGCUUGGCGUCCUACAGUCUUGAUCCCUACAACGCCGCUGCACGUGUGAAGUACAUUGGCAACGACAUCAACAAUCCAUCGUUUGAAGUGUUCAGUUUCAAUGGCUACCCAUAUGAGCAGUCUUACAGAUUCUGGAGCGUGGCCACCUACAUCAACCAGCUGCUGGAGGUAUUGACUGUGAGACUGAAGUUCUACAAUGAGGCACGUGAUGCCCCCCUGCUGUACAUCCCAACUUCACCCUGCCCCUCGAGCCCCUGCACACCCUGCCUAGGGGCCAUUGUGGACCCUAAAUACGUGUACAUUCCAGGGGAUGUUGUCAUCACGUCUGCUUUCUCUGUCCAUCCUGCUGGCGAAACACCAUUUUCUUGUGGCAAGUUUGACCUCAACUCUGACGAAGGAAUUCAGGCGAUGCAGGCAUUUAUCUUCGCAAUAGACUACAUCAACAAUGAUGUGGCUCCGGGGAAAGGCUGGCUGAAGGGUGUGAGGCUAGGUGGCCUAGGAUUUGAUGAUUGUGGGGAGGCGGUCAUAUCAAAUCAGCUCAUCACUGAGGUACACAGAUACUCAAGGGCCAUUCGUGACUCUAACAGCAAUAAUCUUCUUGAUCCACGCAGCGUUGAAGCUUUCCUGGCCCCGAGGAUAGCAACAGACAUGACCCAGUUAAUGAACACCCUGAAACGCCCAAUCAUUGGUGUUCAGACGCUGUCAACAAAGUUCAACGACUUCCAGAUGUAUCCAUACUUUGUACGAGCUACCUACGACCUAGAGUAUGUUUCUAGGGCAUUCGUGAACAUCGCUAAAAAAAAUGGUUGGCGUUAUGUCCAGGUGGUGUUCUAUGCAGACGAAGAAGGGAAUGAAGCGAACGUUGUUUUUAGAAGAGUGGCAGCCCAAGAAGGCAUUUGUGUCAUUUCAUCGUUCCAUCUGUAUAUGGACAACGCCAUUGAAGUCGUUAGCGGUCUCAGGAAAAGAAUGGAUGUUCAACCAGUUGUCCUGUUUCUUCGCAGACCAGGCAUGCAGCUCUUGGCUCGAGGUUUGAGAGCCGCAAACUCCAAAGGAGAAUUCCAGUUCAUGUCCGCGUCUGGCAACUCGAUGAAAGCUGUGCAAGGUCACCAUGAGUACUUUAAGGGCAUGAUUAGCUUUGAAUUGUGGAACGCACCAGCUCUGGAUGCCUUUCAGGGUCGUCUCAAAGUCAUUGAUGCCCGAAACUAUGUCACGAACCCCUGGUUGAAAGAAUGGUAUGAACUGUUCUAUAACUGCUCAUUAAGCCCACUUGGUGGGCAGAAGGCUUGUCAGAUUGAAAAUAUGUUUGCUAACCCCAGUUUUGAACUCAACACAGAUAAUAUAGCAGUGAUAUACGGUGUGAUUGCAGCUGCACAGGGUCUGGAUGAAACAUUGAAACAUUACUGUGGAGCCGCAUACAAUGGACUCUGUGGUGAAUUCUUGAACGCACGUGAUAAAGGGGAAAUAUUUGUUGAUAACAUUGUCAAGAAAACGAGGUAUCCUGUGAACAGCAACAUCUACACAUUCAACAGUAUGCGGAUGGGAAACAUUCCAUAUGUGUAUUAUAACUUCGGGCAGUUUAACAAUAUUGAAUAUGAAUUUAAAGAGAUUGGUGAAUAUGGACCCUCCGAUGAUAAGUUGACCCUUGCCACUGGCGUUCUUAUAAAUGAUCUUCCGGCAUCAAGAAUUUCCUCCAAUUGUUCAGGAAUUUGCUUGGAGUGCCAGUAUUUAUUUGUAUAUCAGAAAUACAUGUACGUGGAGGGGGACUUGAUCAUCCCGGCGAUAUUCGACAUCCAUUACCGCGGCAUUGCUCCCUAUAGCUGCAGUAGCCUGAGGAUGGAGAACGGUUUCCAAUAUUCAGAGGCGUUCCGCUUCGCGUUGAUGAAGAUUAACAGUGGUCUGGCGGACAUUAAACUGAAUGGUGUCAGGCUGGGAGGUCUUGGUUUUGACGGCUGUACCGACCACAUCCGGGCUUCAGCCGUAGUCACUGGCAUAUAUUCCGGGGCUGACAAUAAGGUUGACACGGGCAAUCUCAUGGGCUGGCUGUUGUAUGACAGUCAGACCACAGUAGAUAUUUCUAGAAUACUCCAACGACAAGGGGUGCCUUCAGUUACACCAGGCGCAACAACUCCCGUCUUGGAUGAUAAAUCUAAGUUCACAACGUUUUUCAGGACCAUUCCUUCUGACGGCAGGAUUGCAUUAGCCAUGGCUAAGCUUUCUAACUUGCUUGGGUUCAGUUAUGUUAUCACUUUGAAUGCGCCAGAGUCUGGAAGUCAGGAGGCCGUAAAAACAUUCAGAGAACACGCAGAAGGUUUAGGCAUUUGCGUGGGUGCAUCUUAUGAGUUUGCAACAGAUGGCGACAUAUCACAGAUAUUCAGCUACAUAAAUGAGUCUCCCACAAGUGUUGUCGUAGUUUUUGCUAGUCCAGACAUGUACAUUGAAGAUCUUAUACGGGAAAAGGCAAAAUCUAAUAAGCAAAUCAUUUUCAUCACGAAACCAUCCUUGGACCAGUCCAGUGAAGAAGGUAAAACCAGUCGGCGAGUCGAUUAUUCCAGCAACGAUCAGUUUCAAUAUGGAUGGGCUGUCUCCAAUAUUGAAUUUAUGCAAUACCUGGAAGGUGAAAGUCGGUCGCUUGUAAAUAAUCCCAAUCCAUGGUUCAGAGAAUAUUUUGAAGCUGUAAUGCAGUGUAACCUUGCUGGUACAUCAAAAUACCCCCGGACCUGUGACGCCGCCAGUUUUAGAUCUUUAGAUCUAAACAGAAUAACGCAGGACCUUCGUGUUAUACCCACCAUCAACGCUGUGUACUCGAUAGCCGAGGGUAUUCAUCGAACAUUACAAACAAAGUGCGGUGCCAACUACACCAGUAUCUGCCCUGCAUUUAGGAGUGACGAGCAGAUAUUCAACAAAAUCAUGGCCAACAUGGACGCUAUGAGUUUCAUGGAUGUUGCGGGCUCGGGUUUUAACUUUAUCAACCGUGAGGCCAACAGGAAGCUCACAAUCACCCAGAUUCAGACAGACGGCGUUGAAAAACAGGUGGGCACAUUUGAGUUUGGUGAGUUGGACAUUCCGUUGAGGGAAACCCUCAUGGAGAACUACCGCAAUGUGCCUUCCACAUGUGUUGGUGAGUGUUCCCAGUGCAAGAAGGACAGUAGCGGUGAAGAAGAGUUCAUUUAUGUGGCCGGGGAUGUACAUAUUGCCGCACUAUUUGACAUUCAUAAGAUGGGUGGAACCCCCUACACAUGUGGUGACAUCAACAGCGUGCAUGGUUUUCAGCUUAUGGAAGCCUUCAACUGGUCAAUGAAUUACGUCAACUCUAAGCAAGGCAUCUUCCACGACAAGCUCAUGGGAGUCAAACUUGGUUCGCUCAUUUUUGACGUCUGCUCCAGCCCAGUGCGGGCAGGGAACCUGGUCGCCAACUACCACGCUAGGAAUUUCCCGAUUCGCACAACUGACUACAGGAUCGACCCCAGUUUAAUCGAUCUCUACAUUGGCCCAAUGACAAGCGAGGCCUCGAUUCGCGUGGCUGAUGUCCUGAACGAGUUGGGGAUUCCCCAGAUCGGCUACGGGGCUUCGUCAGUCGAGCUUAUGGACCGAGAUAAUUACCCGUACUUCAUUCGGACAGUGCCAGCAGAUGACAAACAGGCGAGAGCUUUAAUAGCGGUUUUGAAGAAAUACCAGUUUAACAACAUCCAGUUGAUUUCGCAGAACAGCUCCGAUGGCGAAUAUGCUAGGGACGAAUUCUUGAGGCUGGCUCCAUUAAACAAGAUCUGCGUCUCAGGGCAGUACGUGGUUGGACAAGAUGGGAAUAUAAAGGCAGAUGACGCAAGGCUGACCUUACAUAGACUGCAGCAAAAGCCUGACGCACGCGUGGUUGUGGUAAUCAUGAAUGACCCAACGACCCUGUUGCAAGAGGCCAACAAGCUGGAUUUCAUCAUAAAAGACGGGUUUGCAUUCAUUGCUACAGAUAAACUAGGUUUCGGGAUGGCAGGGUACGAAAAUCUUGCAGGAGUUGAUCGUCUGAUUGGUGAGAGGAGACUCAUCACUCUGGAAGUUGAGUCUGCCGAUUAUCCUGAGGUCGACGCAUUCUUUGAAAACAUAAAGCCAAAUAAAACAAAUGUUCAAGACAAAUGGUUCCGCGAAUUCUACGAGCACAUUUACAACUGCUCCAUCAACAUCCCCACGCCCAAGUUCCCAAGAGUUUGUAACCAGUACACGCUUGGGUACUCACGUGCAGAGAAGUAUAUCCAGGACCCAUAUACACUAUAUGUGAUCAAUGCCGUGUUUGCUGCAGCUCUUGGCAUCGACAAGACCAUUGUCCGUAUGUGUGGACGCUUCAAUGGAAUCUGCCCGAUUCUUCUGGACAAUGGAGAAAAGAGGAACAUGUUCCUCGAGGAUAUCAAGACUGUGAGUUUCAUUGACCGGACCAACCAGCCGUUCUACUUCACCGAGGACGGCUCCAGUGACAGAGGGUUCCACCUGUACGAGCCACAGAAGGCUGGCAUGAGUCUGCAUUCUGGCGCAGACGGGUACUACUGGGAAGAUAUUGGCAGUUACAAUGACUCACACUACCUCAAGAUGGAUGUUGAGUACAAACCCACAUGGGUGGCUAAUUGCUCUGUUGGCCAAUGCUUGUGUGAAUUCCCAGGGUACCAGCCCUCAAGAUACAUGAAAAAACCCUCGCCAAACGAUCUGAACAUUGUCUUUGUUUCUGACAUUCAUAACGCACAGCAAGAUGGCACUUGCGGAUCCAUUGAUACCGGAAGCAACAUGCAGAACUUGCUUGCUUUUCUGUAUGCUAUUGAACUGGUGAAUGCCAAUAAGGACUUAAAGUUCCAGGCCAGUUUGAAACUGGGAGGCGUGGCUUUGGACACGUGUUCGCAGCCAAAUCGGAUUGGCGAGGAUGUGUACAGCCUUCUUAGUGGGGAGCCCUUCUGCAGUGUCAAGGAUGGCGGGCAGGUGGUGUCACCUUCCACUGUUGUUGCUUACAUGGUCAGCAACAGUGCCAACUCAAUUGCUUUGAGCAGCAUGUUGUCUCCUCUGCAGAUUACUUCGGUGAGUAUGAGUGCCACGACUGUGGAGCUCAACGACAAACUCCAGCACCAGUACUUCCUCAGAACUGUGCCACCCGAUAACAUUCAGGCAAUGGUCAUUGCACAGAUUUUGAAAAAGUUCUCCUGGGACUAUGUGUCAAUCGUAUAUUCUGAUAACACAUACGGAAGAUCGGCUCGCGACACACUCUUGAGUCUUGCCGAUCCCGAAAAUCCGGAGUACUGCUUUCAUAAAACCAUUGCCAUGCCGCUGAAUGGGGAUCUCACCAAGGCGAAAAGUGUCAUUGAUCAGUUAAACCAGCAGAUUGGCUCCAGGGUCGUCGUGACCUUUGUUAACCCAGAGCACGUAACGCUGUUGCUGCAAGCGACGACGGAAAAGGGACUGAACCACAGGUUUAUUUGGAUUGGCAGUGACACAUGGGCUAAUAACUACCAUCUGAUCAAUAGGUACGAAGAGGCGGCAGCUGGUGCUUUAACCAUUCAGAUCCGGUCGGAAUACAGCGAGGGCUUCAAAAACUUUGUUAAGCGCUUCAAUUACUCCAACCCAAUGGGUCUGCCACGUGACUGGUUCGAGGACAUCUACCAGACUGUUCACCAGUGUAGAAUUCUUGGCAGCGCUAUACAGAAAGCAUACACAUCGAUCUGUACGGGAACAGAGAAGUUCACGGAUGAAAUGAUCAACCAGGAUGCAUACGUUCUUCAUACAAUUAUGGCAGUCUUCCAAAUUGCAAACGGCCUCAACCAGAUUGAUCAGUGUCGUCAGAGUACCAGCAUCGGGAUCGCUUCCUGUCUGUCGACGCUUAAAAACCGUAAGCAGACGAUCUACGACUCUGUGUUGAAUGCUCAACAUGAUGUUCUGCCUAGUGACUUAAAGGACAGAUCGUUCAACUUCAAGUUCACACCUGAAGGGUAUGGUGAGAUUGGCUACAACAUUUACAACUUCAGAAGAAAUCUCACUUCCGGCCAAUAUGAAUAUAUAAAGAUUGGAAGCUCUACAGGCGACCUGCGCUUAGAUCCACGCGACUACAAGAGCUACAGUUUCACAGACCAGUCUCUUCCGGUCUCCCGUUGUCAAGUGGGAACCACAUGCACUUGCGAAGGCACAAACAACGAGAAGUUCUCGUUCAGCCGUGAGGAAAGUGGCGAAUAUGUGGUCAGCAAAGAGGGGCAAUAUGCGGACCCUAACACGGGUCGACUGGUCACCAUAGUGGACACGCCACAAUCAGCCGACCGUUUCAAGAACAUUUGGGGCGUCAUUGUCGCCACCCUGGCAGCCAUUGGGGCUUUUGCGACUCUCUGCAUGUUCAUUUACCUCCUCGUGGUGUACCCUGUCCGUGGAGGCACAACCAUUCUGGGUUACAUGCUCUGCUUUGGAAUCAUCCUUAUGUACAUUCUUGUGUUCGCGUUCAUUGUACACGCGUCUGAGAAGAUUUGCGGUCUAAGGCGCUUCAGUCUGGGGUUUGUUUACUCGAUUGCAUACUCAGCUCUGUUUGUAAAGCUCAUUGACUGCUGGCGGACGAAGGACAAGGAAGAUAUUUACCUGGUGAAAUACAAUAAAAUCGGAAACCCAUGGGGGCUGUUCUUUAGUGCCUGCCUCCUCGUGCUUGUACAGGUGAUGAUAAAUGCAGAGUGGCUCAUCCUCGAGGCACCAAACAUGGAGAGGGUGAUCUACAACAACAUGCUGUGGCCUCGCUGCACUCCGGAUGAUUUCUAUGAUGAGGGGCUGAUCAUGUCUAACAUUUUCAUUAUGUUCCUCAUCUUCCUCUCCAUCAUCGUGGGACUUUUUGCCUUUGGCAACGAGAAAAACCACUGGGACUGCAGGUGGUUGACAGGCUGCGUGGUGCUCACAGUGCCCUGCUGGAUGGUGUGGUGCCUUGUGGCAGCUCUUGGCGAGUACAAGACGCGCGACGCCGCGGUCGCUAUUGGCCUCCUGUAUAACGCCACGGUGAUGCUGAUGUGUGGGCCGUUCCGUAAGCUCUACCUGCUGCACAAGUACCAGGCCCUGGUGGAGGAAGAGGAGAGGAAGUCAGCUAGAGGCAGCCAGAGAGACUAUAAUUCCAUGUAUGGAGCCCAAUAUGACAAUGCGCCCCACAUGCUUGACAACGGCAGCACAUUGGGCCAUGACGACGUGUUUGCAUAUGAUGCAAAGAUGAUGAAGAUUGUGUACCUGCUGGUGCUGAUAAGCCUUGGUGGCUUCUGUAGCGCCCAGGAGGACUGCCCAGUGGAUACUUGUCCAUCGGACGAUGAUGCGGCAAUCCUGCUUGCCUCCAGCACCGUUGUAAAUCAGCAUUACUACAUCGGUGGCAUGUUUGCUGUUCAUAGAGCAGGGCCCACUCCCUAUAGUUGUGGAGAUUUUAGCAUUACGGAUUUCGUUAACAUGGAAGCUUUUUUCUGGGCUAUCAAAAAAUACCAACAGGUUAGCGGUAAACCACUAGCCAUCGGAGGAUUUGUAAUGGAUUCAUGUGGUCGAUCUGAGCGCACUUUGGAAAACGUCUACAGUUUUGAGACCUGUAGGACGUAUUACACCAAUAUCAGCCCCCGCAACACUGUAGCCUUUGUUGGCCCAGCCUCCAGUAGUAUGGCACUGCCAGCAGCUAAAUUGCUGACGGAUUUAAAGCGAACUCAGGUUCUGUCGUCUGCAACCUCACCAGAGCUGAGUCAUGAUGACUACAGCUACCUACUCCGCACAAUCCCCUCUGACUCAGUCGAGACAAUGGUAAUGGCUCAGCUGCUCAAAGAUGGUGGCAUUAAAUAUGUUCAGGUGUUGUACGAUAAUACAGCAUAUGGAAUCGGACUGAAGAACGCUUUUAUGGAAAAUAUAAAGAAAUUAGAUAUCUGCGCCACUCAGUCGGCUGUCAUUCAGUCAGAUAAUGUGGUCAACUUCUUAAAAUCCAGCAUGCAGACUAGAAUUGUUGUUGUUUUGUCCGGUGGUACCGGUUCAAGAUCCGUGCUUGAACAGGCAAACAGCGACAGCAAUAUAAAGAACAGCUUUGUUUUCAUGGGAACAUCUGCAUGGGGCAGGCAGCUUUCAGUGAUCCAAGGUUUGGCAGCAGAAAAGUCAAUUACCAUAACUCUGAGGACAGAUGGCACUGGUAUGGACAGUGAUGUAGCAGAAUUCUGGCAAGAAUUUUAUAAAUUGAAGCCAGGAAGUCAAACCCAAAUCACGGCACGCAAGAACCCUUGGUUUGACAAGUUUUGGGAGCAAAUGUUUGGCUGUCGCCUGGAUACCAGUAGUUGUAACGUGAUAAAUCAGAAUCUUCGGGACAAAAUCGAGAAUGUUGACAAUUUCGUUCCGUUCACAUUGAUGGCUGUUAAAGCUAUUAUCACUGGAACACAGAAGGCUGCUGAGGAGUACUGUAAAACCCAGUACCUAUGCUCUGAUUUGCUUAACAUUGAUCGAGGUCUCAAGCUGAACAACUACACACGCAACAUUACCGACUCUUCUGGCAACCGCUACUUUCAAGCUAGCGGGGACGCAGAUCAUCGUUUUGAGAAUUACCAGAUACACAGAAUUGACAACGGACAAUAUAGCAAUGUGAUGACAUACCGGAACGAAAACGGACAAUUACGGGGCAGUACUUCGUUCAGCUUCCAAGUAACCUCCGCCUGCAAGGACUCGCCCUGCACACAAUGCGGAGAGACGAGCACCUCCACAGUCGCUCCAGUAACAACAAGAGCCACAACAAUGUCCCCCAUCGUGUGUGACAACCUCAAGAGCAAUGGCUACUACAACGUCUGUAGCGUGCAGACCAUGGAUUAUUAUAGAGACACCAUACUGGCCAUGUAUUUCAAGUUGGACCAAGAGAUUACUGGAGUCUAUGGCCAAGCACAGGAGCGGUUAGAUAAGGAUUCUCAAUCCCGCUUUGAAAUUGGUCAAGAAUGGAUUAUCGCGCUCGGGGUGUGCGCUGGUCUUGGCAUCAUUUGUGUGAUAAUCUUAGAGAUUUACAUCUUGUACAAGUUGAUGGGAACCAAAAUCGGGAAACAGUGGAGAACCAUGUGGCUGGGUCAGCUGCUGAUGCUCGGCAUCUUCCUGUGCUACCUCUGUUGUUUUGCGUACUUACCCACCCCUACAAAGGCAACUUGCGGCAUCACCCGUUUCUGCGUUGGUCUCUGCUACGCUAUAUGCUUUGCAGUUCUUCUCGUAAAACUCAUGGUGUUGCUGACGUCAAAAACAUCCGCCGAUACCUUGUUACCAGGGGAUGUGGACUCUCCCAACUACCUGAGAGGGAUCUAUCAAUUCCUCAUGUUCAUGUUCAUCGUCGGGGUCCAGGUGGUGAUAGGAAUCAUGUGGCUGAUUAUCAUACCCCCAGAGGCUGUCCAGGUGGUUUCCAAUAACAACGACAAGGUCUGGAUCUGCAACCACUACACGUGGAACCUUGACAAUGGCUGGGGCAACAUGACCAUGUUCGUCCGCACGAACUUUGAGAACCACCUCAUCUCCCUCUCAUAUGUCAUGUUCCUGAUACUCCUCACGGUGAUCGUGGCAAUGAAAUCUCACGGCAUCAUCACCAACCACCGGGAGAGCGUGUUUAUUGGCAUCGCUGCUGGAUUUUCAGUGCCCGUCUGGAUUGCCUGGGGUCUGGUUGGCGGUCUGAACAAAGAAACCAAAUAUGCCCAUGAGUUUGGUGACGGUGCCAUAGCCUUCGGCCUUUUGAUCACGGCCACGAUUAUCUUGUUUGCAAUGUUCCUGCCGAAAGUAAGACAGCUUGUGAACAUGGGCGUGGAGGGGAUCUAUCUGGAGGAUGACAGGGACACCUACUACGGUGGGUCGGUCAUCAUGGCACCCCCAAGCUACAAGAGCAGGCCGAGCUCGGUGGUGUACGUGAACGGGAGUAAUUACGACCCUGUUGUGAUUGGAGAGCCAAAUGCUGUACACCUGAGGCAUCCUGGUAGCAACUACAGCGCCCCAGUCUAUGUGAAACGGCCAGCGUCGACAAUCGGUCAUGGCAGCGGGAAGGUGCUCCGCAUGACAGGCGAUCUGACAGGCAAGCACCCGCGGGACAGCAGGAAGUCCACCUCGGACUACAACUACGCGGGGUCCGGCUAUGGGGGAACUUCCAGAAAAGCCCUCUCGGAGAGUGGCGGCACCAUGAGACGUGCCCAUUCCACCCAAGAUCUAGGCGCCCUGUGAGAAAGUUACCAAUGUGCUCAAGUUGCAAAUGUUAGUACGGAAUAUUGUUAGUAGAAAUAUACAUAUGCAGUGUUCCUCAGCUCUGUCUCUGGAGUCUACAUGAUAGCAACAGUAACAUUCUGAUGUUUGGUUAGACAAAUGUAUGAUUAAAUAUUCCAGUGCCCUUUCACUCCAACUUAAUUGUCAUUGACAAAAACAAACAUAUAACCUAUAACUAUUAAAAACUUCAAAAUGUGUACUUUAUCAUCCACUCUACACUUGUGUAUAAUUGUUGACACAAUCACACAUUCCAAUUUCUUUUAAUUUCAAAUAUAAGAGUUGAAUAUAUAAUAGUGUAUCAAAAGUCAAUGAGUGCUUUAGUGAAAUGCUGAUUUAUCUCAGUUUGUUGCAUUUACUUUUGUAGAUGGAUUUCAAAAGCAAUAACCCAUCUGUGUUUCAGUGCUUACCUUUCUUCCUCUAUAAAUGUAAGACCAUUCUAUUUCAUUUUUCUCAUCCUUUAUGUACAAUUUAACUGUUAAAGUUACAAUGUCAAUAAAACAUAAGAUAUUUUAUUUUACAAAUUGCAACUAUUUCAUAAAGGAGCAUACUUCUAAUGAAGGUGUGCCAACGUUUAGCUUCACAUGUCACAACAGGGAUGCAGGAUGCAAAUGGACAUUACAAUGCACUCCGAAAAACAAAUGUGCUUCCCCCCCCCCCAACACACACACACACA